CUUUUUUAAUACAAACAUUCUACUUGUGUAAUACAAGUUGCAUUGUUCUGAUUUAAAGUUUCGUAUUGUAGACUCAAUUCCUAUCCAGAGGAUAAUAAAAAUGGAAAUUGACAAGGACAAAAAGGAAGCAACGUUAACAAUUCGUCUAAUUCGUAGUUUCGUGCACACAAAUUGGAAACCUUUCGUUAUUCACAAAAUUGAUCUAAAUUUAGUUACGACGGAGGACUUGUUCAAAAUAAUAUAUGCAUCCUUGCCGCAUGCCAAAUUACCACCGCCAUUCCUCAGCUAUAAAGGAUUCGAUACAUUAAAGGUUGAGACGCAUCGCUUUGGACACAAGACGAAUGAUCCUUUGAUAAACUGUCACGAUGAUGAAAAACUGCUCUUAAAGCCGGGGAUGAACUUAUCAAGUCAGGGGGUGGAUCAUGAGACUGAAAUUUCAUUUUUCAAUAUGAAGGAUUACAUAGCAUAUAAAGAAAGCAAAGGAUCAACAUUAGAAUAGCGAUAAUACAUAUUAAUUAUGAAAGGAAAGUAAUGAAUUUUUUUUAUGACUAAAAUUUUGAGAUAAAUUGCACUUUGCAAACAACGAAAAAGAAAAAUAACUGGCUUCAGUCUUAUUACUGGCGUCAUUUAUGCAUAUUUGUAGAUUAAGAAUUUAUGUAAUAUGCUACAUAUUGUGCUUCAUAGUGAAAGUAACUUUUGGUAAAAAAAUUCUCUAAUUGUUUCGUCUAAAAAAAUUUUGUAUAGAUUUUGCUGCACAUUAAGUACAUAUGAUAUUGAUAACAUUGGUAUUUUUCUGCAUUCCAGUAUUUCCAAUUGAUCCUAAUAUAAAUAUCCGCUUUCACUCAAGGACAUCCACAUUCUUAUGAAGAAAAAAUGCGAACAGGUUCAGGAAUUUUGCACACGAGUAAAACCCGUAUCUUUUAUAUUACUAUAUAUCUCAUUGAAUAAAACAAACAAACAACUUGGAUUAUUUAACACGUAA